AUGUCCCGGCUCGUGUCCUGGCUGGGACAGUUCUGUCGGGUCCGUGCGUUCUCCUGCCUGCUCCUCUGCUACCUGCUGUUCGUCCUGCUGGGAGGUCUGGUGUUCACAGCCGUGGAGAGGCCUGUGGAGGAGGAGCUGAGAGCCGAGGUGGAGGAACUGCGUCGCUCCUUCCUGCAGGAGAACCCGUGUGUGGAGGAGAGCAGGCUGAGGGAGCUGCUGGGAAGAGCUCUGUCUGCUCACCACAGAGAUGUGGCCGUCCUUAAAGAGGACGCUGAGGACAGAGGCUACGACUUCACGUCCUCUCUCUACUUUGUUAUUGUCACACUGACCACCAUGGGCUCAGACUCUUACGCCCCCAAAUCGGACGAGGCCAAGCUCUUCUGUAUCUUCUACUGCACCCUGGGGAUCCCCCUCACCCUGCUCCUCCUCACCGUCCUCUCUAGCCUCCUCCUCCCUGUGGUCACCCACGCUCCCCUCCACCUCCUGCACUCUUACUGGGGUUUGUCCUACGCCCGGGCCGCCUCUGUCCACGCCGGCCUCCUCUCUGUGCUCGUCCUCUCCCUCCUCUUCGUCCUCCCCACCCUCCUGGUCUGCGUGCUGGAGCCCGACUGGAGCUUCCUGGAUGCUCUUUUCUUCUGUUUUGUCAUCCUGAGCACCGUCGGCCAGGGAGGGGACGCUCUGGGGAAAACUUGGGCCCCGACGACCAAGGAGACACUCCAACUCCUCACCACAGGUUACCUGCUGGUGGGCCUGGUGGUGAUCAUGACCCUCAAGGAUACUGUCCUGCAGGUUCCCCGGGUCUGUGCGGUGAUCAGGCUCCUCUCAGGUCCACACUAUGCAGAGCUGGAAGGAGUCCAUCUCAACAAACUGACAGUGAGUGAAGAACACUGUGAAGAGGAGCCUCAGUACUCUCAGUUCGUCUGCACCGUCUCCUCCACCCCGUUAGAGCUGAUGAGGCCCCGAUCCCCCAGAACCUCCACGCCUGAAACCACCUGA